CCCGUUAAAAAGUAGACAUUUUUACCCCUCCGUUUUAGUGUCUCUGUUUAGGGUUGACGGAAAACGGUGACGUGGCUCCGUGGCGCUGACUUGGCCUUAACGGGCUGCCACGUCGGAUGUGGUUUUAAAAAGAGGACAAAAUAGUCCCCGAACACAAAAAUGCUGCCGUUUCUCAGUCAUCCCCAACCUAUGAAAUCCUGGAGCCCUAAUGCUUCGAAUGCAUUAGGAGGGUGAUGUGGGAGAAAGAAGAAAGGGAGCAUUCCGACCAUGGCAUCCGAAGGUGUGUCCUCAAGCUCGAGAAGAGGCCCAGUUCCGACCGCCAAUGAUAGAAAAGAGUGCGUGUCACCAAAGUGCUUCUGUGGAGAAAACGCAAUCUUGUUCAUGUCGAGGACGACCAGAAAUCCGAAGAGAUUGUUUCUGGGAUGUCCCUUUUAUAAGGUUAGACAACCAUGGUGCAAGUAUUUUCUGUGGCUGGACGAGCACAUAGCUGGUCUUGGUGUUGGUGUUACAAGGUACCUGGGGCAUGAGCAAAUUUUGCAUGGUGAAGAGCAUCACUGGAACAAAGAUAUGGAAAAGAGGAUAAGGUUGCUGGAGAAGAGGAUAGAAGGGUUAGAGGUUAAGAAAAAUCCAAUUGGGUGGAGCAUAUGUGUGAUGUUUGUAUUGCUAAUAUUUACAUUAUUUAGUUAUAAGAAAUGA